GUAUCGUCGUUUCUAGUGCAUGGUUUAUUCUGAAUACAUAAAGCAGAGGAUAGUUGAAGAAGAGUUGAGUUGUGCAGAGAUUGUAAAAGCUUUGGAUAGGGAACGAAGGGAAAGUGCGCGGUGCCGUUCUUUAUACUUGAUCCCAGAGAUGAUAUGUUGGUUUGAAGAACAUGCUGUGCUUUGUCAAAAUGAGGUAUACAUUGUAAGUUGCUGUGGUUUUCAUGAUUGGGGUUUUAAUAGGUGCAUGCAUGUGUAUUGUGGUUUUUAGCUCAAAAGCUAGUAGAUUCACAGUUCCAUGCAUGCAGCCAUCUGACUUUUGAUGUGAUUAUUGCACUUCAGGCAGGCACUGAGUAUCAUUGUAGAGUGUUAAAGAUGUUGGUUGCCACUCCUGUGCAUAUUAUACACGGUAUAAAUUCUGAGAGAGGGGCAGCUUUUUAUUGUGUAACCUGUGGUAACCUGGUUCACCAUUAACCUAAUU